GCAUGCGUGUUAGCGCGCACUGUGUGCAAAGGUGGAGAGGAAUCUCGAGAAAACACGAUUGGAAGGAAUGUUAAACCAUCUGGAAGUUACUUAAAUAUCUUAUAAUUUAGAAUUACUUAGUUUAAUAUAUAUAAAUAUUUUCGCUAAAAUGUCAAGAAAGAACACUAUGGGACCAGAUUACUUCCGGCUGAGUGCUAAUGAGCGCCUCAUGCGGACUCACGAGACAGUGGUGGAUUUGAUAAAUGGUAGACAUCCAAGCCACAGCUACUUUGAUGUAUUAAGUAAUUUUGGUUGUGGAUUUGUUCCGGAAUUGGACAGCUUCGCAAAUCAAUAUGCAGAGUAUGUUUCAUCUGAUGAGGAUUAUUAUGAUUAUGAUGACGAUAAGUAUGCCAUCCGUACCAACAACAGAUACUGUGGCUUUCCUCGCAACUUUCUUGAAAGAGUUCCACCAAAACCAUCCAAACACAUAACAGCUGAGGAAGCAGAAAGAAAUGCAAAAGAACUAGUGGAUGAAGAAGAAAAACUAAAGAAAAAAGCAGAAAAGAAAAAACAGAAAAAGAUGAGACAGAAGGAGAGACGUCGACUGGAAAAAUUAGAGAAGGAGAAUGCAGAUAAAGAAAAAAAUAAACCGGUACAAGUUGACCCUGGACUAGAAAAGACUAAACAUUCAGAUAAAAAUGAAAAUAAAAUUAAAAACAAAAAUUAUUCAUCUGUGCCUCCUGGUUCUCAGCGCGCCUCAGCACCUGUGCAGAGUAGUGAUAGCAGUAGUGAAGAUGAAGAUGACGAAGACUCAACUAUAGAUCCAGAGGAGCUUGAUAUGAGUAGCUGCUUUGUGUCAAACGCAGCUGCUAUCGCCAAACGCAAACUGGAACAAAAACCCAAACAUGACAAGAAACAUGCUCAAGCAACCUCAAAAAAACAGCCUGGGUCUGAGCAGAAAGACACCUCUCCACCACAAAAACAGAUUAAUAACAAGGAGGAGAAUUCAUCAGAGGAUACAGUCAAUGCAAAUUACUUUAUUACAAGAAGUGUGGAGCUGGCAGUUAUAGGUAACCAGUACGCCAGCGCAGGAAACCUGGAUAUGGCUGUGAAAUAUUUUACAGAUGCUAUAAAACACAAUCCUCAAGAGUAUAAGUUAUUUGGGAAUCGUUCUUACUGCUAUGAAAAGAUGCUGCAGUAUGAGAAAGCUUUAAAUGAUGCUGAUAUUGCUCUUUCUAUGAACCCCAAAUGGGUUAAAGGGCUUUACAGAAAAGGCAAAGCGCUAGUUGGACUGAAGAGAUACUAUGAAGCCAGACUUACAUAUAAUGAAGUGUUAAAACUGGACAGCACUUGUAAGGACGCAGCUGAGGAGAUGAUGAGGGUGCAGCUCAUGCAGCUUAUGGAAAUGGGGUUCACUAAAGAGCAGAGUUCAAACGCCCUUAUUCUUCAUGGAACUGUAGAAAAAGCCUUAGAAAGUCUCUCUGGCCUGUCAGGUUUAAACCCCGUCUUAGUGCCCGGAGAACGCACGUUUAUGUCUGUAGAGCAAAACCCACAAUCUCCAGCAAAAUUCCCUCUCAGACCUCUUCCUCAGAAUCAGUCUCGACCCAGUAUGCCACCCGCUGCUCCACUUCAUCAUCCUCCUCCAGAGCUAUUCCCUGUCUGGGUCGGAGAUCUGGUGCCUUCUAUAACAGCGGCAAAGCUUUAUGAAUUAUUCAGCUCUGCUGGGCACGUCCAUAAGGUAAGAGUGUUACAAAUGAGACACUGUGCAUUUGUUAACUACACCAAGAAGGAGGACUGUGAGAAAGCCAUAAGAGAUUUCCAUGGUUAUGCCAUUGAUGGGACAACUCUAGUGGUGCGUUAUCCAGAUAGGAUUCACACACGUCUUGGAGUGUCCAGAGAUGCAUCUACAGAGUCUUCAGGGAAGAAUGGUAAACAGCCUGAUGAGUGUUAUUUUUGGAGGACAAACGGAUGCGUUAAGAAUGAGCGCUGCACUUACAAGCAUAUACCAGAAAACAAGGGCAUCGACCGAAAUAAAGCCAAUCCAAACCAGUGAUUCCCAGCACACAGACAGGGAUUUAAACACCUCAA